AUGCGGCCCUCUUUGGGGUUGGCUGCGGCCGCCCUGCUCUUCUCCGGAGCCCAGGCCGGCAUUCCCCGGCUGUUUCCCCGAGCCGAGACGGAUGCCACUACAACUCCCGAGCCGGAGACUACCACGUCUCACUUCCCUCUCCCUUUUGAGAGCAGCACUACCGAGUCUGUUCCUACUACCGACACGGCUGGCCAGGUUGGUUCAACUAGCGGAGAGGUUUCUUCCGAGACCGAGGCUGGACCUACUGAGACCGCCGUCCCCACGACCGACAUCUCUAUCGGACCUGGCGGAGAGGUAACCAUCCCCGGUGUCAUUACUGUCCCAAGUGCCAGUCUCCCUACUGGCUUCCAACCCACCGGCACCGCCGCCUUUGUUGGAGUGGGCCCUGCUGCUACGAACGCGGCAAGUUCCUUCUCCGACGUCGCUGCUGCGGCUUCGGCCAUCGCCGCCAACCCAUCGCCCUCUGUCGAAGAGAUCGAAGCUUUCCAGAAGCAAGCCCAGGAUGAGUUCGAGGAUCUCUCUCACAUCGAUGCUCAGCUCAAGCAGAUUGACCCGGACAGCCUUAGCGAGGAUGACUCCCACAAGGUCGAAAAGUCUAUUGCUGGAUUAGCUGCCCUUCUCGCCUGGUACUCGACGCAGCUUUCAGCAAUUGCUCCGGUUGUCGCCACACCGGCUUUGGCGACUGGAGUCUUUGCUGAACUUGCGCCGGCCUUUGCCGCCGUUGCUGCUGGCGAGCUCUUGUCAAACGCCUUGGACGACAUCAAGGACUUUGACAACGAUGAUGGCGACAACAACGAUGAUGACGAUCAGACAACUGAUUCUGAAGACAAACCGACAAGCACUCAAGAAGAGUCAACAGCCAUGUCAUCAACCGAGACCACUACCACGACUUCCAGCACCGGCAGCUGCAGCGCCCUCCCUUACAAGCUCGAGCUUCCCGACGAGAUUGACGAGGCUGAUGGGACGGAUAACCCAGAAGAGAUGAAGCGGUCUAUCGCAGGACGAGUUUACCUCGAGGAACGCGCCGUCCUUGUCAAGAGGGCACGAAGCCCCUUCUUUGGAGACUGCAAGCCCGCCGAAACCCCCAAGUUCCCAAACAACCCAAAUGCCAAAGGUCUUGACCAGGCUGAGCAGCACCCUAGGGCCGGUACCAACGGGAACUAUAAUAGGGAUGUGCAGAGGUGGUAUGAUCGCAAGGUGCGCUGUGAUGAGGAUCUGAGACCUGGCUGGGAGCAGAUCAACACGGCCGAAGUCAAGGCGCAGGAGAAGGGACUUGCCAAUUUCAACGUCGACCAUGUCUGGGAGCUCAAGUUUUUCACCGACUUCUUCGAGACGCAGCUUUUGCCGGGUGGCAGGAACAGCAACCCCAAGCUCACCUGUGACGAGUUCAACGCCAUCUUCCCCAAGUGCAUUCUGACCACGGUCGUGAACCAAGUCCCGGGCCCUAAUAAUGCCGAGUUUGUUGCUAUGCAGCGAGAGCUCAACAACAUGAAGGGCGCAUUCUUCAAGAUUGGCGAACUUGAGCAGCCUGGCUUCACUGCGAAGUUUGCGGGCUCGACUGAUCUCAAGAUCGAAGCCCUACAGACUAUUGGUAUCUCUGUCGACAUCUUCAACCAGGGGCCUGUCAAGGCACUCUUCGAGAGGACCAACCAGCGACUGUACAACACCUUCCGAGGCAUCGACGACCGUGUGCGAGACAACGAGAUUACCAUCUCCGGCGGCGAGUUCAGCUUCGCUGAGCUGUACGAGAGCUUCAUGGCUGACCGUCUUGACCGCGGAACGGCUGAGGCUUGGCAGUUUGUGCAGCACUGGAGUGCCGAAAUCGAGUCGGACAUCAAGGAGCUUGACCCUGACGAUGAGGAUACCCAGAAGCUGCUGAAGAACUAUGAGGGGUUCGCAAAGAGCCCCUACGCCGUCGAGGGCCAUUACUCGUUCCUUGCCAAUAGGGAUCUGGCGGGCGCUGGUGGAGAUCCUAUGAAGUUUGCCAAGCGGGAUCUCUGGGGACGAGAUGGGUCAUGCCCUUUGAACCAGCCGGAGACGACUAGCGAGGAGGUCACAUCUACGGCUGAGCCGACCAGCACUGAGGAGGCUAUAGCUACCACCACCACGACGGAGGAAGUCGCCGAGGCAACCACCACAACCGAAGAAGCUGUCGAGACAUCUACCAGCCAGGAAACCACGUCUACGACCUUUUCCACUGCGACUACCUCCAGUCAAGCUGCUGAAGAAACGACGACGACGGAGCAACAAGAGUCUACAAGUACCCAGAAGAGGCCCAACGCGCAGACGGUUACCACCAAUGGCAUGGUCUGCGUGCUGAUUGAGGGAUCAAACAACCCCGUUUGUCAGCCUCUCGAGACACCAACUCCUAACCCUGCUGGAACCAAUGUCCACGUUCAAAAAGGAUGCAUUCUCAUCAACAACAGCCCUCGAUGCGCUUCCGAUGCAGGUGCCAUCUCCAGUGUCUACGAGAGCUCCUACAACGUUGCCUCCAGCCCCGAUGAGCCCUACAGCACUGUGCUAGUCCUGUCCGGCUUCGACGCCAACAACGACAACCACCUUCACGCCACUGCCACUUGCCAGCUCCAAGCUCGCUGGCCCGCCAACUAUGGCGAUGUCACUUUCGGCGAGGAUGGCUGUCUUUACGACGCUGGAAACAACAAGAUCUUUGAUCAAUGCUGCAGCUCUCCUGACCCCAACAACAGCGGCCCCGCCACGAAUCCCUACGUCGCUCCGGCCCCUGGCGAUGCCUCGCAGGAUCACGGCAAUCAUGACGGAUCUGCCAUCUGCAGGUCCAUCUCUAAGGACACCUGUCUCCUGGCUGCUUCUCGUUACGUCGACGACAUUGUCUAUCACCAAUAUACCUCUGCUGUGUGGCCGGAUGACACUGGAAAAGACAUCGCCAAUAUGAUUUUCCCCAUCGCCGGCCCAGCCAUCGAAGAUUUCUUUGGCAUCAACUACGGCUGCACAGUCAUCUGGACUUGCGACAACGACGAUGCCUUCUCCCGUGGUAUGACGGGCAAGCAGAUCAAGGACUCGAUGCUCAACAUUUACAACCUCAACGGCGCCAAGGGUUGCGGAAGCACGUAUCUGAACAACGGAUGCCACAUUACUGUUAACGGAUGCAACAACUGUGAGGAUAGGGGUCGUGGCGGCACCAUCUGGAACCCUUAUGAUGUUGCGAGCGGGUCGUAUGGCGAUGCCAGCGAUGGGUUCCCUCCUCGGCGGUAA